AUGAAUGGAAGUGUUUUGUGCAAGUGUUUGAAUCUCGAUAUUUUAUGUGUGGAUAUUUAUGGAAUGCCUGAGCAGGGCUUGGCGAUGGAUAGCAUUAGACAGUAUCUGGCUGAACGAUGGAGUGAGGAGGGCCUGACUGUGCUGCUUUUCUACAUGAAGAGCAUGGAUGCAAUGGAGAUGAUGUAUUUUUUGAGCAUGAUUACAAGGAUGCUUGACAGGAAUACAGCGGUGAUUAUGCUUGCAUAUCUUUCGCAAGCACAAGCCAAAGGAUUGAGAUGUCCGAGAUAUGCACAGAGGGCGUUGAGUUACCACAUACAUGUGCUGAGCAAGGGGAUAUGCAAGAAGGUGCCAGGGAUGCUUGGCCGAUAUGUGCCAGGCAUGAAGGCCAUUAGUAUGAACGAAGGCAAUGCGAAGGGGCGAGUAGAGCGGAGCAUGAAGGAGUUUGAGCCCGGGGAUUUUCUUAUUGACUUGGUAUUUGAGACACUUGUGAAGGCAAGCAAUGCAGAAAUUGAAAACAGCAUACAAGCGCAUUUCAGUGAUGAGCACAAGAGAGUGGAGAUUAAUUCAAUCAGGGAGUCACUUGGGAUUUUGUGUAAGAUUAAGGAAGCAGAAGCAGUGGAUGCAAGCAUUGCAAGAAUAGUUAAGAUAAUAGGGCCUGAAGACUGUGCAGAGAUUGUGAGAUUUAUCAGCAGCAAUGAGAAAUAUGCGCAUACUUUUUUUUUGUAUGCAUACCUGAUGAAUGCAGAAGCAUAUGAGUCAAUGGUAGAGGUGGUUCUUGAGAAUGUAGAAUACUUUAGGCCUGAGAUUGUUAGUGGUCUUGUCAGUAUUGAUUUGGAGCGGGUUGUCCGGAAGGUGGAUGAUGGGUCUGUGAAGAUUUUGGAUGACAUCAUAAGGGGCAGGGAUGUGUGUGUUGAGAAGAUAGCAGAGCUGGUGUCGAGAGGGCUUGUGGGUAUUGGACGAGAAAGCGUUGUUGGUGUGUUCAAGAACAACUAUGGAAUACUUGGAAAGUAUGCUGCAGAAUUUGAGUUGAAUGUAAAGGAGAUGAUUGAAAUAUCCAAGGCAAACGAUGCAGCACUUGGGCCAACUCUUGCGAUGGUUGAGACAGUGGAUGAAAUGAACGGAUUUGUUGAUCUAUUGAAGGACAAAGGCGAUGCAGUUGUGAUUGAUGUGAUUGAAGGAGUUAGCGAUGAAGCGAUGAGAGAGCGGCUCAUAAACACGAUCAUCAAGAAAAGAAUGAUGAAGAGCCAAUUAAGAACGUACUUGGUGAGAAAGUAUCUGGAUGAUGGUAGGUUUGUAUAUGGGCUUCUUCCGUAUCUUGAGAAAGCUGAUGUUUACCGGCACAUUUCUGACUAUGUGGUCGAUAGCGAAAGCUUGAAUGUGUUUCUGAAGGUUAUUGAGUGCUCGGAAUUGCUUAUUUUUGCACACAAGAUCAAUGAUGUGAAGAAAGCAGGCAGGAUACUUGACCUGUGCUUUAAAUCGUCGAGGUUUGGCGAGAGUGACUUUCUUUUUACGUUGAAGACUCUUGAGAACGAGCCAUCGGCGCUUGUUAUACAAACACUAAUACAGGCACUGACGAUGCAUCCUGGACUGAAGAACUUUGUGAUUUCGUUUCUGUCGAGGCUGGGCAGGAGGGAUGUCUGGAGAAAUGAAGGAUUGGUCGUGGAGAUGGUUAGAUGCUUAAAGAUGCUUGACAAUGUGUGUGUUGAUAUAAUCAUGUGCAUGAAUGAAGAAGCGAUGUACAAAGUGUUGAGCAGGAGUAAUAAGCUUAGGAUGCAGUGUAGUGACUAUCUUGCAAAGCAACGACCUGGCAGAUCUACCAGACAUGCGCAGCAGUAUGCAAUGCUGAAAGCAGCCCUGAAAAGGACGUCUGAUAAAUGA